CCCCUUAGGUGAGUGGAAUCAAGAGUCUCUAUGAGUCUGAACUGGCUGAUGCUCGAAGAGUUCUGGAUGAAACUGCCAAAGAGAGGGCUAGAUUACAGAUUGAAAUAGGAAAACUGAGAGCAGAACUUGAGGAGUUCAAUAAAAGCUACAAGAAGAAAGAUGCAGAUUUGUCUGUGGCUCAGGGUCGCAUUAAGGAUCUUGAAGUGCUGUUCCAUAGAAGUGAAGCAGAACUCAAUACUGUCCUGAAUGAGAAGCGCAGUCUGGAAGCAGAGGUGGCCGAUUUGCGUGCCCAGCUGGCUAAGGCUGAAGAUAGUCAUGCUGUGGCUAAGAAGCAGUUGGAGAAGGAGACACUCAUGCGUGUGGACCUGGAGAACCGAUGCCAGAGCUUGCAAGAGGAUCUGGAUUUCAGGAAGAAUGUGUUUGAGGAGGAAAUAAGGGAAACAAGAAAACGACAUGAACAUCGUUUGGUUGAGGUGGACACUAGUCGCCAACAGGAGUAUGAAUCCAAAAUGACUCAGGCCCUGGAGGAUCUGCGAAAUCAACACGAUGAACAAGUUAGACUGUACAAAAUGGAGCUGGAGCAGACCUAUCAGGCUAAGCUGGAGAAUGCCAAACUGUCCUCUGACCAAAAUGACAAAGCUGCCGGGGCAGCUCGAGAGGAGUUGAAGGAGGCUCGCAUGAGAAUAGAAGCUCUCAGCUACCAGCUUUCUGGCCUUCAGAAACAGGCUAGUGCAGCAGAAGAUCGCAUUCGGGAAUUGGAGGAAAUGAUGGCUGGUGAGCGGGAAAAGUUUAGGAAGAUGCUAGAUGCAAAGGAGAGGGAAAUGACAGAAAUGAGGGACCAGAUGCAGCAGCAGCUUACAGAGUACCAGGAGCUGCUUGAUGUUAAACUAGCGCUGGACAUGGAGAUCAGUGCCUACCGAAAACUCCUGGAAGGAGAAGAGGAAAGGUUGAAGCUCUCUCCAAGUCCCUCCUCCCGUGUUACAGUCUCUCGGGCUACCUCCAGCAGCAGCAGUAGCAGUACUUCACUUGUUCGCUCUUCCCGAGGCAAGCGAAAACGUAUUGAAGCAGAGGAGCUUUCAGGCAGCGGAACAAGUGGAAUUGGCACUGGAAGUAUCAGUGGCAGCAGUAGUAGCAGUAGCUUCCAAAUGUCCCAGCAAGCUUCAGCUACGGGAAGUAUCAGCAUAGAAGAGAUAGACCUGGAGGGCAAAUACGUUCAACUGAAGAACAACUCGGAGAAGGAUCAGUCUUUGGGUAACUGGAGACUGAAAAGACAAAUUGGAGAUGGAGAAGAAAUUGCUUACAAAUUUACUCCUAAGUAUGUCCUCAGAGCUGGCCAGACUGUUACAAUUUGGGGUGCAGAUGCAGGCGUAUCUCAUAGCCCCCCUUCUGUUCUCGUGUGGAAGAAUCAAGGCAGCUGGGGCACCGGAGCAAAUAUCCGCACGUACCUCGUGAACUCCGAAGGGGAGGAAGUUGCAGUGAGAAGUGUUACUAAAUCAGUAGUCGUGCGAGAGAACGAGGAGGAAGAGGAUGAAGCGGAGUUUGGAGAGGAAGACCUUUUCAACCAACAGGGGGAUCCCAGAACAACCUCUAGAGGAUGCUCAGUGAUGUGAAGAAAGAAAAAAGAAACUAUUAUUUGCUAAUUUUUUUCAUUUAUUUCCUUUUAUUUUUGCUAUUUUUUCCCCUCCAGAGCCACUGAAAACUAUUUUUAUAUGCAUCAUCUGAUUUCUUUGAAGUUUACUCCUUGGUACAUUUUUAUAAAAAAAAUCAAAAAAAA